AUGCAAGUUGCUGCCAAGAGCCUGAGCUUGAACUUGCCUGGUUUCCCGAUUGCCACCUACUCACAUGUAGGGUGCUAUGCCGCUGCGUUGCGCCGGGUACCUUCCGUUCGUCGCUAUGGGCAGGCUUCCGGCGCAAAGGCAUAUGGUAUAGAAAGAACGGAGGAGGAGUGGGCUCGCUUGAAAGUUCAGUACGAUAACAUCCAGAAAUAUCUCGGCGGAAAGCUCACGAUCGUGCCUCCGGGGACGCUGGGGACGCCGCGACGUAUUCUUGAGCUUGGGGCGGGUACAGGGGAUUGGGCAUCGCAAGCCGCGCGAGAGUACCCUAACGCCGAAGUUAUAGCUGUAGACAUGGCGCCCCUCCCGCCUGCGUUCGCCUCUCCGCCGAAUAUGAAGUUCUUGCAACUCGACAUCACGCAGGGCUUGCCUUUCGAAGCCGGCUCGUUCGACAUGAUCCAUGCGCGCGCCACUUUGAUGCAUGUCCCCGAACCUGAGCGCCACCUCGCUCGUAUUCACCACCUCCUUGCUCCCGGAGGUCAUCUCGUUACCGGAGACUACGACACACGAGGCGACUACGCGCACAACGCGCCCAUGCUGGUUGAGGUGGCGAAACGACUCGAAGUACAAUUGCUAGCCAAAGGUGUCCUUCCCCACUUUGCCACGAAGGCUGGUGGAAUCCUACGCGCCACGCAGGCCUUCGACGAGAUCACAGUGAAGACCGUAACCAUCCCGUUCAAUCCAUCCCGAGUCAAAUCCGACCCUGCCUUACGCGCUUUCACUGAAGCCCUGCGCGAAUCCUUGGUAGCCGUCUUCCCAGUGUGGCAUGAUGGAGUGGUAACACCGGAGGAACACGAAGCCUUUCUACGCGAGACCUCACAGCCGGGCGACGAUUGGUACUGCGAGCACGACGUCGUAUUCACAUGGUCACGGAAGAGACUCGAAGUUGCUCGUGGCGAGCCUUUGGCUGACAGCGAGGAGUGGAACGAAUGUACCUGUUGA